UCGAAUGUCGAUUCUUCAAGUAUACCUUGUUCUAACUGCGAUUGUCCCUGCAACUACAAAAUUGGAGACCGGGCAACGUUCGAGACAAGACUGUGAUAAUUACCGUAUGGUCUCGGCUGUUACCAACACGAAACAAAACCAACGAGAAUACACAACAACACAACAGCCCCGAAAUUAUUGAGCCAGGAGACUGCGGCAUUUGACGGUUGCCACAUGGGUAUCAAGUUCGAACGAACCUUCUGUCACUGUCAUCCAGGAUCGUACUUUAUUUGAGUAUACGGUGGCCGUUGAUG